AACGGCUACUUUCGUUCCCAUUUCUCUCUCUCUAUCUCUAGCUACAUUUGAAUCAAUAAUUUUGAACAUCCUUCCUUCACUCAGCUUCCAAAGCAAAAACAUCUCAGCUUUCGAUUCCAAAAUUGCAACACCAUUGUUCAUCCAGAUUCAACAUUUUUUAAGAUGACAGCUGCUCAAUAUGAUCCAAUUCAGCAAAUGGAAACUACAUGUGGAACGUUGCUAUAUGAAUUGCAGAUCAUAUGGGAUGAAGUUGGGGAAUCUGAUACUGAAAGGGACAAAAUGUUGUAUGAGCUUGAACGAGAAUGUUUAGAAGUAUAUAGAAGAAAGGUGGAUCAAGCAAACAAGAGUAGAGCUCAAUUAAGGCAAGCAAUUGCUGAUGCCGAAGCAGAGCUUGCAGCUAUCUGUUCUGCGAUGGGGGAGCGACCAGUGCAUAUUAGGCAGUCUGAUCAGAGCCUAGGUGGUCUAAAGGCAGAACUUAGAACCAUUCUUCCAGAAUUGGAAGAGAUGCGAAAUAGGAAAUCUGAUAGAAAGAAUCAAUUCAUUGAAGUUACAAAGCAGUUACAGAAGAUUAAGGAUGAAAUUUUUAAGCCCACUGGUUGUACUUCUACUGCUGUGGUAGUAGAUGAAAGUGAUUUGUCAUUAAGAAAGCUAGAAGAAUUACAUGCUGAACUGCACGCACUUCAAAAGGAGAAGAGUGAACGCUUAAAACAAGUUUUGGAUCACCUAAGUACUUUGAACUCACUAUGCUUGGUUCUUGGUAUGGAUUUCAAACAUACUGUCAAUGAGGUUCAUCCGAGUCUUGGGGAAUCUGAAGGAACCAAGAAUAUAAGUAAUGAUACAAUCCAACAUUUAGCUGCUGCAAUAGGAAGACUACGUGAGGUUAAGUUACUCAGGAUGAAACGGCUGCAAGAUCUUGCAUCUUCCAUGUUGGAACUAUGGAAUUUGAUGGACACCCCCAUUGAAGAGCAACAGACUUUUCAGAAUGUUACUUGUAAGAUAGCUGCCUCAGAACACGAGAUAACUGAGCCAAAUAUCCUGUCAGUGGAAUUCAUUAAUUAUGUUGAGGGAGAAUUGUCCCGCUUGGAUGAGUUGAAAGCAAGCAAAAUGAAAGAGCUUGUUUUAAAGAAGAGAUCCGAACUAGAAGAGAUCUGCAGAAGAACACACAUGGUUGCUGAUUCAGAUAAUGCAAUGGAUGUAGCUAUUGAAGCUAUUGAAUCUGGAGCUGUUGAUGCUGCUUCUAUCCUCGAGCAAAUUGAACUCCAAAUAGCACAAGUUAAAGAACAAGCUUUCAGCAGGAAAGAAAUAUUAGACAAGGUGGAGAAAUGGAUAGCCGCAUGCGAGGAGGAGUGUUGGCUUGAAGAAUACAACAGGGAUGACAAUCGCUACAAUGCUGGACGAGGUGCCCACCUUACUCUAAAGCGUGCUGAGAAAGCUCGUACUUUGGUUAAUAAGCUUCCAGCAAUGGUAGACGCAUUGGCAUCAAAAACAAAAGCAUGGGAAAGUGAGAGAGGAAUUGAUUUCACUUAUGAUGGAAUCCGUCUUCUCGCUAUGCUUGAAGAGUAUAACAUCUUACGACAAGAAAAGGAGGAAGAACGUAAAAGACAACGAGACCAGAAGAAACUUCAGGGACAAUUAAUGGCAGAACAUGAAGCUAUCUAUGGCUCAAAACCCAGCCCUAUGAAGAACCAAAGUGCCAAAAAGGGUCGUAGAAUGUCAUGCAGUGGUGCAACCAAUAGAAGGCUUUCUGUUGGAGGAACAAUGCUCCAAACUCCGAAGCUUUCUAUUGGAGGAACAAUGCCCCAAACUCCAAAGACUGAAUUCCAUUCAACCAAAGCUACACCAAACACACAUCACACAAAGAAAUCUGAUCUCUUUCAUCAAAGAGAUCAAUUUAAUCAUUCUAACGAUGAUGGAUUGCCAGCUCUAUCAGCAGGGAGGAAAGGUUUGGAUCUUGCUGGAGGACUUCCUUUGAAAAAGCAGUCCAAUACAGUAAAUGGUUGUGAGAUGGAGAAAACUGUGACACGGAAGCCUUUCUCCCCCAUUUCUUCCACUGACUCGUCCAAAUUCUAUGCAACUAACAUUUUGGAAGAUCUGAAUAGAAAGCAUAAUCAUAAUGAGAUGGCGAAUAAGAUGCUUCCAAGUAGCCAAAUUCCAUUCGCUACUCCAGUGAAGACACUUUAUACUACAGAAGAAGAGAACAGAACUCCUAUAGUAGUGCCACCAAUUCCUGUCCCUUCUACACCAUUAACUGUGUCUGCCCCUAUGCAGACGGCUAUAACAACACCGGUUCAUAAUGCUCUUGUUCCUUACAAUUCCAAGCCAGUUGAGGAGAUUCCUGUAGAGAUUGAGUAUUCUUUUGAGGAGAGGAGGCUUGGAUUUGUUCUUCCCAGAACACAAGUCUAACACCAACAAGAGAUAGAAAAUUCAUUGUUAACUACUGCUUUCAGUUCUUGUUUGUCAGCUAAUUCUUUUCUUGCUUUAUGGUUAAAAAGUCAAUCUUUAUAUUGGCUUCUUUUAACGUGUACAUAGUCUACGAUAUUGAACGUGGACUGGAUUUUAUAAUAACUAGGUGAAUUAUCCGUGCAAUUUGAACGACCUCAUUAAGCUUUA